AUGCGGAUGCUAGACCCGGCGGGAAGCACCACGAGCGGGCCGUUCGCUGCCUUCCAGCACCGCUUCCGCAUGCCCUCCGAGGCGCCCGCCGUGCGGGGUUUCGAGUGCGGCGUGGCGGGAGGCCUCGACGGCAACCGGACCGCUUGCGGGCCGGGCCUUAACGACCUCUCGACCAAGGGCACUUCUGUCAAGGAGAGUGAAGCGGCGGAUUUCGGCGGUGAAUGGAUGACACAGGCAGUCUUGGGUGCAAGGGAGGCUGUUGAUCCCUUCGAAAGGCCCGUGUCGUCGACAGGCUGGCCGGAGAGUGAAGGCGAGGGGGGAGAGGAAGACGAGGGGGAGGUCGACGGGCUAGUGCCGAAAUGCAGCCCGUCAGAGUGGUCCGGCACCUACGAUUUCGGGAACAGUUUCGAUGUGGCGAGCGUGCACGUCGUCGUGCUGAACCCCUACACGGCAACAGGGGAAGGUUCUGUGCAGCACUCUUGGCUAGUCGAGGACCUCGAUGGGUGCGAUCGCUCUCGGACUCCGUGGCUCGUGGCAAUGUUCCACUGCCCGUGGCACAACUCUAACCUCGCACACCCGGGCGAGAGGAUGGCGGCAACGGCGAUGCGCGCCAUGGAGCCGGUUCUGUUCCAGAACAAGGCCUCCCUAGUCGUUGCUGGCCACGUGCACGCGUACGAGCGAUCUGUCCCUGUCCUGAGUGGACAGCUCAACGAUGACGGCCUCGUCAAUCUGGUGGUUGGUGGAUCUGGAAACAACGAAGGGAGAGAUCCCGACUACUACCGACUCCCCGACUGGAGUGCUUUCCGGAACGGGAGCGCUUUCGGGUUCGGAACGCUUUCGGUCAUGAAUUCAACGAUGGCCUUGUGGGAAUGGAAGGCGAGCUCUAACGAGGAGGACACUGUGGUGCACGAUGCUGCAUGGAUCUCCAACAAAUACACCAAUCCUUGAAGAGUGAUGCCGAGAGCUGACGGCGAAGUCGUGCCGUGUCUUGCACCCAGUAGGGCCGAGUGCAAUGUUUUUUCUUGUUGUAGCUAUGGUGGGGAAAGCUUGACCCGAAGGAAAGGGUGCCAGUUUUCCCAGGUGUUGAGAGCUAUGGCCGUAGCGGUGGUAUUUCUGCGGUAGGCAGGCGCGCGUGUGGUCUUGGGGGCACUCAUGCAUGCGUUUUCUGGAGUGGAAGAAUAAGGAUGGGCGAUUACGAUUAUUGACUCUGUAGGCUUUUUAGCGUGAACGUCGUCGGCACCUGCCUGCAAGAGUAUCCUCGUCCAACGGUGUGUUUUUGUAGGUAGAUAUGUAUGGCAAAUCCUGUGCGUAUUGUAGGGUAGGUCAUGUGUCCUGCACGAGGGAUUAUAUAUAUUCUCUCGAGAGGUGAACACCCUCGUAGUUCGUCUCGUCGCGGCUUUUAUUACCUCUGUGUGCGUGUACAGUGCACAGCAGUGUACCCAGUGCGUGCUCGUCCCGCUACUAUUAGUGGGGAAAUCUGUCCAUUACAUCAAUAUGGCGAUCCGUUUGGAUCAGAGUUGGAGGCGGCGUUUGACACGGAAUGACGCCUGUUAUCGGAGUGUUUUUGUUCAGGAGCUCCUUGGGAUGUGAGUCUCACUCUUCGUCGCUAUUAUUUGCACGUGUAGGUUUUCGUCGAACAAAGUGUUGGCGCACAUGAUUGUCGAGCAAUGCUAAGUAAUAAAUGCACCAGGCCCUCGGACGGGGCUGCGAAGUUCGUGUUGUAGGUGGCCAUUUGCUUUCGCCAUAGGUCUUGAAUGCAAACUAGAAUAUGAUGUAUGAUCUAUGGUACUACUUCUACUCUGAACCAGGAAGUAUGGAUUUGCUAGGGUUGCAAGUUGGACGCUGGAGCAACGUACUAUGGCGUAUACCGUAAGGUUGCGAGUCACCGCACCCCUGUGCGGUCGUUUUGUAGUUGGUUUGAACAGCUGUAGAAUCGCCAUUUUUUUAAUUAACGACGCAUGGAC